UGUGACUUGCAUAAAAAAAACCCACAUUUGAAUCUAAUGACAUCUCGCUGUAGGCCUAUGGCUGUUAAUACUGAUUUUUUACGUUUUACAGUAUUUUACCAGUCGAGUGAAUUGAAUAGAACAUGUUGGGAUCGCUGGACCGUGCACCGUGAACGUAAGGACUGUUUGUCUACAAUUUCAAUUGUUCCAAUUGUGAUGCAUAUUACAACACGGUCGGUAUUCAUAUGCUUAUUACCUGACUCACAGCCCAAACAAAAAUAGCAGAGCAAAACGACAGAAUACACAAACGUCAAUUUUAAUGAAUAUCUACCGCGUUCUAGGAUCUCUUGAAGUCAAAGUUAAGGAAGUCACUUCUAAAAUUUACAAUUUAAGAGCGUACACUCAUAAUUAUGAAGAAUACAGUUUCCAUACUGUUGGUUUUUAUUUUAUUUCUUUCAUUUUCUAACGCACAGACAGCAUGCAAUAGUUUACCUUGUCUGCAUGGUGGAACCUGCUUCAACAGCGAAACCGGUAAUAAGUUUUUAUGCCUAUGUACCAAGGGGUAUGCAGGGAUACAGUGUGAGAUCAGUUUACCGGGAACAUGUGCUCCAGAUUACCGAUGCAUUAAAGGCAACUGUAAGACAGACAUCAACGGGAUCCCACACUGCAACUGCUCCAUCGGCUAUAAAGGAGAGAAUUGUGACGAAUCUAUGACCACUACAGUGACCGCAUGUGAAGCAUUCACUCCCUGUCAAAAUGACGGCACUUGUUUCACAUUGUCAUCGGAUAUUUCCUCAUAUUUUUGUGCAUGUCCAUUGGAGUAUACGGGAAAACAUUGCGAUAUGAAAAUCACAUCAUUAGCUGACCCAUGUUUGCCGAGUCCUUGUGAAAAUGGCGGCAAUUGUACAUUAGAUGCCUCCAAUCCAUCGGGUUAUCAUUGUACGUGCCCAGUUCACUUCAGUGGUCAAAAUUGCUCAACGGAUGAUACAAUAAGCUGCACUUUUGAGGGCAAUAUAUAUUAUAACAGAGAAGUUCGAGAAACAGGUUGUAAUCUUUGCACAUGCUACGAUGGAAAUUGGGCUUGUACAAUGUCUUCAUGUGGUGGUAUAUGUAGGUACGAGGAUAAGAUAUUCUUUGAGGAUGAUAGUCGGCAAGAUGACUGCAACACUUGUUACUGCAUACAUGGAGCGUGGGUGUGUACAAUGAAGCAUUGUUUCAAUGGUAAUGAGUGUGAAUUUGUUUCAAGUGAUUAUGUUGAAUUAUAUUCUGAAAAUCAACACAGAUGGGAAGAGUGCAAUGUUUGCUACUGUCUAAGUGCAUCCUGGGCCUGUACUAAUAACGAUUGUUCAAAUAGAACUGUCAUUGGAGUAUCAUUUGAUUUUGAUGGCGACUUUGAUAGCAUUGUUGAUAUAACGGAGCACUUCAAACUAUUGUUACACCAAGACCUAUCUAUGACAUUUAGUAUCCCGAUGAAGGUUAUAGAGCAUUUAGAGUCAUCUGGAAGUUCCCAAGCAAUCCAUGUUUCUUUUUCACUUGUUGGUAGUCAAGAUGGUGCCGUUGAUGUAGAGAAGAUGUCGUCUGAAAUGCAAAAAACUAUUAACAAUGGAGAGUACAGAUUUGUCUUCAAUACUGCGACGUAUCCGUCAAGCCGGAAUUCAUUCUCCUCUACGUUGAUAUGGCCAGAAAAUCCAACAAAAACCAAAUCAGGCGUAGACAGCUCUAUGGUACUCUUAAUAGUUUGCGCCCUCGCUGGUCUUGGCUUUAUUGUCAUUAUUUUUGGAGUUACCUUAUAUAUUAAGACGGCAAACACAAAACGAAAAGAUACAAAGUAUGGAAGUGCACAACUCCCCAAUAGGCGAACAGGAUUGGAAACAGGUGACCAAGCACGCCUUACCAGCGAUAGAGCAGCUACUUUACCAUCUAAUUUGCAUAUUUAAUAUAUAAACAGACCUUAAAAAGCAAGCGAUACAAUAGCUAAACUUGUUAAGUGUUCUUAAUCUUCCAUAUGUUUAAAUCAAUCAGGUUAAUCAUGUUGUUUUAUAUUUAAAUAUUAUCCUAUUAUAGUUUGCUGAUUCUUGUAGAUGCCUCUCAGUUUCUUUUAUUAAAAAAAAUCUAACACAUCCAACAGCAAGUACAAUCACCACUUACAGAAUGAAACGAUGGUACAUAAGUUCGAUAUUAUAAGUAUCUUUUAUAAAAUUCCGGGAAUUCUGGUGAUUUUUAACCCAUCUGGAAUUGGAAGUCAAGCAUGUUGACGACUAAGCUACAGCUCCACUAUUAAAGGCGAACGAAGCGAAAA